AUGCUGAGCAUCCUUCUAGCCUUUCUCCACAUUUUGAUAUGCAGUUAUUUUGGCUAUGAAGUUGCUCAUGCAUUUAUUGGUAAGUUUCUUAACUGGGCUGUCGUAUUUUCAAUAGGAGUUCCUUUUGGAAUGGGAAUAUUUACUUGGAUAAUUUUUAUUUUAAGCUUAUAUUACGAAUUAUCUGCCACACUUGCAUGGAGUGUAACAUUAGUUCUCUUAGUCAUUAGCUUAUUUCUUCGUUUUCGAUUCAAAAAAUACAGAAAAUCUUAUAACAUUACAAUGGCAGAGCUUAUUAUCUCAAUCAUAUUACCAUCGGCAUUAGUAUUGUACUUUUAUCAAACUACUUUCCUUUACGAGGAUUUUAACGUUAUUGGUGCCCAAUAUGGCGAUCUUCCAUUUCACCUCAAUAUAAUUUCAAGCUUUGCAUAUGGAUGUAAUAUGCACAGAAAGCAUCUUUUUGAUAUUUUAUCUCCAUUUUACGCAAAUGAAAAAUUAGCAUACCCAAUUAUUGCAGAUUAUCAAGCAGCCAUACUAUUUGUAUGCUUUAAUAUCGGAUAUCAUUACUCAUUAGUUAUACCAUCUAGUUUAUUAAUUAUUUCGAUUUUUGUUUUACUUCAUAAUAUAAUUUCAAAUUUUACAGAAAAUCGAUAUGCAUCUAUGCUUGGCCCAUGGAUUUUUUUGUUUAUGGGCGGAAGGGGUGUCUUCUGCUACUUCCUGCCGAGAUCUAGAGAAGAUUUUAUUUCAGAUUACGUUCAUCAUUGGGGAGAUAGGAAAACAGGGUACUGGCUUCAUACAAUUUUGCAUAUUUUCCUUCCACAGCGUGUGACUGUCUUCGGAUUACCUCUUUCUUAUGGUUUUAUCAUUAUUUUAUUGAAUCAAAAAUUUAAAUCUGUAAAACCAUUUAUAAUGGCCGGACUUCUUGUUGCAAUAAUGCCACAUAUACAAGCACAUGCAUGUAUUUCAGCAUUUGAGUUCGCUCUGGCUUUUGGAAUCAUUAAUUUUCCUUGGAAAGACAAAAAGAAGGCUAUUUUCCAAAUAAAAUGCUAUAUAUGUAUGGGAAUUCCAGCUCUGGGAAUAGGAAUUCCGCAAUUAAUACCAUUUUUCGGUCGAGUUUCUACUAAUGGUUUUACAAAAUUAAAACCUAUAUGGAAAGAUGAUCGUGUUGGAGCUCUAACGUAUUGGUGGGAUGGAUUAUUUAUAUUUUGGGCCAUUUCAAUCAUUUUUGGGCUUUCUGUUCUUACAAAAAAGCAAUUUAUGCAAUAUAUUCCUGCACUUUUCGUUUAUUAUGUAUCGAAUUUCAUAAAAUAUCAGCCAUGGAACAUGGAUAAUACAAAAGUUUUCCAUGGAGGAUGGACUCCUUUAGCUGUUGCUGUAGUUUGCAAUUAUAUUAUAUAUUUGAUGCAGCAAGAUUCAAAUUUUCUAGAGAUAACAGCAUAUCUAUUCAUAAUAGCUUGCGUUGCCUCAGGAAUAGCCGGUUUUGCUCACUUUUCACCUCAAAUUUGUUAUCAAUGGAAUUAUGAUGAUUUUCCAUAUGAGUUUGCCGAAGAAGUUAUAGCUAAAACAGAUCCUACGAAAGUGUGGGCAGCAGAUACCUUCCAUAAUCAUCCUGUUUCGAAUUUGGCCGGAAGACAAGUUCUCGUUGGCUAUGGAGGAUGGAUGAUUUCGCAUAACCUAGACAAUAAAAAACGGUUAGAAGUAUUAAAUCUUUUAAUGAAGAAUCCAGACAAUACAACAUAUUUAGAUAAACAUAAUGUGAAGUAUAUUGCUUAUCAUAAGACCGACCGUGAUGAACUAAAACAUGAUAUAGAGCCUUCCCCCAAGUGGAAAUUGAUUAUUGAAACAUCUACAUGGAAGGCUUACGAACGAACUGAUGUUAUAUAA